UGUCCACUUGUGACAUGUCAGAUGAUGCCAGACCCGUGGCCUCCUGCGGCGGCUCCUCCCGCAGCGCCAGUCGCAGGAAGAGGACAAGCUUCUCCAAAGAGCACGUGGAGCUCCUGCGUGCCACCUUCGAGACUGACCCGUACCCUGGCAUCAGCCUCAGAGAGAGCCUCUCCCAGACCACAGGCCUGCCAGAGUCACGCAUUCAGGUGUGGUUUCAGAACAGAAGAGCUCGCACCCUGAAGUGCAAAGGAGCAAAAAAAGCGCUGUGGCAGUCUGAUAGCCCGGUCCGUGAUGCUCCACCUCCACCUCAUGCUGUAGCUAGCAGGGGCCCACAGGUUGGCUCAGCCCAUCUGCCACCUCAGGGCCCUCCACCAGCCUACCCAACCCCAGUGAAGGAGGAGAUGGAGGAAGCCUGCUACUAUGGACAGUGUCCUCCAUCCUACUCCACCAUUGAGGAGCACAGACACUACGGCUCCAUGUAUGGACUCCAGCAGGGCAGACCGUUGGCAAGUAGCUCCAGCCCACCCUUGAGGGGCUUCUGGUCCCAGUCAGGUGCCCAAACCUCCCCUGUCCCGCCUGUGUGGUGCCACUCUCCCCUUGAGAUGAGAAACUACAGCUCAAUGUCCAGUCAGGCAGCCUUCAUGUAUCCUGGAUCAGCAGAGCAGCAGAUGUACAUUCCCUGCUCCACCUCCCACUCCUCAACUCCAGACACUCCAGAUUCUGGUUACUGGGAUGCCAGUCUGGAGAACAGCCCACCUCCAGAAGGUCAGUACUCGCAGGUGGGAGAUUCAUGGAGCAGGGCCGCUCUGGAAGGCUGUGGGAAGUCCGGACAUCCAGCACUCGUCCAGCACACCCCCCUACCUGAGCUGUCCCUUCAAGAGAUUCUGGGGGAGCUGGAUGAGGAGUGGUUGGGAGGAGAGGGACUGGACAGUCAUGCUACUGGGGAUAAAAUGGCUUUCUGCUAAUGACUCUGUGAAAAGGAUUAAUGAUGGACAAUUAGAAAUCAUAUGUAUUAUUUUGAUUUUAGUCAUUUUAUAUUGCUUCUGAGACACAUACAUAGAAAAAGUCAAAAAACUCUGUUCGAACUAAUUGGAAAUGGAUCCAUGUUUUCAAAAUCCUACAAUCAUACAUGGUUUUUAUUUAUUCCAUAUUCACUAUAGUUUCUUUUUGGCAAUGUAUUUAUUCACUUUUCACUAUUUAUAACCUCUAUUUAUGAUUUACUGCAC